AUGGAUGCUUCAAUGGAGAUCAUCAACCAAAAACCAGUUCGUAUUUUGAUGUUUCCAUGGUUAGGACAUGGACACAUUUCUCCAUUUCUUGAGUUAGCCAAAAAGCUCAUAACAAGAAACUUCACCAUUUUCUUAUGCUCAACUCCUGCAAAUUUCAUUUCAAUCAAACAAAAGCUUAUUAACGAAAACUUAACCGAGAAAAUUCAUGUCGUUGAACUUCGACUUCCAUCUUUUCCUGAUCUUCCUCCUCAUUACCACACAACCAAUGGCCUCCCACCCCAUCUCAUGUCCACACUCAAGAAGGCAUUCGCGAAGUCUCGUCCAAUUUUCAGCCAAAUUCUCAAUACUGUUGAACCGGAUUUACUUCUUUAUGAUUUACUUCAGCCAUGGGCACCAAAGCUAGCAUUGGAAAAAAAUAUUCCAGCUGUUGUAUUUGUCACAAGUAGUGCAACCAUGUUUUCGUACAUGUUUCAUACUUUCAGGUACCCUAAUAUGGAAUUUCCCUUCUCGUCCUCUAUUUAUUAUCGUGAUUAUGAGUUGACACGUAUGCUGAAAAAUCAAGAUUUGGAGCCUAUUGAGCAACAACAAAGAGAUAAAACUAGUGUUAAGUUGUGUUUUAAGAGAUCUUUUGACAUUGUUUUGAUCAAGGGUUUUAAGGAAAUUGAUGAGGAUAGGGAAGAGAUUGCUCAUGGGCUAGAGCAAAGUAGGGUUAAUUUUAUAUGGGUUUUGAGGUUUCCAAAAGGGGAAAAACUCAAACUUGAACAAGCAUUACCACAAGGGUUUUUCAAGAAAGUAGGGGAAAGGGGAAUGGUAGUUGAAGAUUGGGCACCACAAGCAAAAAUAUUAGGAAACCCUAAUAUCGGAGGAUUUGUGAGUCAUUGUGGAUGGAAUUCUGUUAUGGAAAGUAUGAAACUCGGUGUUCCAAUAAUUGCUAUGCCCAUGCAUCUUGAUCAACCAUUGAAUACUAGGCUUGUGGAAGAAGUAGGUGUUGGUUUGGAAGUUGUUAGAGACAAAGAUGGUAAACUUGAUAGAGAAAAAAUAUCUCAAGUUAUCAAUUUUGUUGUUUUGGACCAAAGGGGAGAAUCCAUUAGGGCAAAAGCAAGGAAAAUGAGUGAAACAAUAAGAGUCAAAGGAGAUGAAGAGAUUGAUGAAGUUGUUCAAGAAUUGUUGAAACUUUGCAAGAGAUCAAAUGUUGUCUAG